AUGAGCGACAAGCAAGGCCUACCCAAGCUUCAUACGACGGAGAAGGGCGUACCGGUCUACGAUGCCGGUUCGAGCCGAAAAGCCAACCAGCUGGCUCGGGAGUGGGCCCAAGUGCCCCGCGCCGGACGAGGAGGCGAGUACAUACCCUCCAGAGAGCUCAAUGACCCCGGCCCCAAUCGAACCCGCAUCACCGCCGCCCAGCAGCAGCACGGCCGACCCGACCAACUGGGCAUGCGCAUGGCCAUGGACAGGCAGGGAAAGAUAGCACCCAACCAGUAUGCCCACCACCCCGACCUCCACUCGGCCAAGUCGGGCGACCCGCCCCACCACGAGUUUCCCCACUACCACGCCACCAACGCCAAGGGUGAGAAAGUGAUCUACGUCUACCGAAACGGAGGCGGAGGCGGCGGCGGAGGCCGUGGCGGUAGCGCGUUGAGCGCCAUUGCGAGCGGAGUCAUGAGCUCAAGGGCCGGCGAGAAAGGCCACGCCCAAGCCUCGGGCCCAGGCGGCAUCAAGUUCACCACCGAGUUGGACAUCAACAGCGAACAGCAGCUGGGGAAGCUCGUAGGUUUGGUGGACCCAGAAUCGGGCCUCCUCUCGCUGUUGACCUCGGCUCCCCAAGCGGGCAAGGUGCAGUACACUCUCGCCGGUGACCUCUUGGGAAUCACCAUGAGCGAUCUGGCCCUGGCUCUGCUGCUGCCUCAGAAGGUGUACAUCCCCGAGAGGCUGCGCUCCACCACGUUCGGGGAGAUCAUGUUCGAAGCUGACUGGAAGCUCAAGCUGCUGGCUUUUGGAUCGCUGUCGUCGUCGAGUGUGCGGAGCGAGGCCGACAUCACGUUUGCGCAGCCCGAAGGUGCAGCUGAGCACCGCUACUCGCGGCUGUGGAUAGAGAACGCCCGCGUGCUCGUCAUCAAGGACGUGCAGAUGGUCGUCCUGGCCAAGAGGCAGGUGCCAGAUGCGGCCUCGCCAUCGGGCUUGCGGGACGUCGAUGAGCACGACCCGACAAGCUCGGAGCGAAUCUGUGCUGAGGAGUUCACCAGGCGCUACGACGAGGUGGCGGCCCAGUACACGUGCUUCCAAAGGCUCACGGAGCUCAGCAAGGCGUUGAGCCUGGCCAAGUUUAUUCUGACGCAGACGGCCAUCGAUUUGGACUGGGAGUUGAUCGAGCAGGUGGCUUCCGGAUGCAUUACGCAAGUGUCACCCAACACCGUGCCCUCGCACCGGCAGUCUCAUUCGCGCACUUUCACCACAGGCAACGCCUCUUUCAAGCGUACUCUCAACCUGGUAUGUUUGUUGCACGCGCUCACGCACACGCACACGCCCACGCACCACCGCACACGCACACCUCUUGAUUGCCUGGGCUGA